AUGUAUGGCAGUGUUGUAAUGAAAGGAACUUAUCAUCUCAUUGAUUUUAUCCCUUUUCUACCUUCUCUUCACAACCAAGUCCACUUCAAGGAUUCAGAAUUUCCCACAGAUAUACAACCAAAUCCAAAUCUUUGUUUAUGUAAAGAAAAUAUUGGUCCAGCAAAAUUUGACUACAAGCUGAAUAACAUAUUUCGACUUCAUGAACUUCCAGUGAGCUGUGUCAUCAUGCACCCCAGCAAAGAUAUCCUAGUCUCCUGUGGGGAGGACCGCCUCUGGAAGGUGCUGGGGCUCCCCAAAGGCAACGUGCUUCUCACAGGAUUCGGCCACACUGACUGGCUCUCUGAUUGCUGCGUCCAUCCCAGUGGCAACCAGUUGGCUACUUCAAGUGGUGACACUACAGUUAAAUUAUGGGACCUGUCCAAAGGCAAUUGCAUUUUAACCUUUGAAGGACACAAACACGCAGUGUGGUCCUGCACGUGGCACUCUUGUGGUGAUUUUGUGGCAUCUUCCUCACUGGACAGAACUAGUAAAAUCUGGGAUGUUAACAGUGAAAGAUGCAGGUGUACUUUGUACGGACACACAGAUUCCGUAAACAGCAUUGAGUUUUUUCCUUGCUCCAACAUUCUUCUCACAGGCUCAGCAGAUAAAACCCUGUCUGUGUGGGAUGCAAGAACGGGUAAAUGUGAGCAGUCACUUUAUGGUCAUAUGCAUUCCAUCAAUGAUGCCACCUUCACACCAAGGGGUCACAUGAUAGCAUCCUGUGAUGCUUGUGGAGUAACAAAACUGUGGGACUUUCGGAAGCUCUUACCAAUUGUGUCCAUUGAUGUAGGUCCAAGUCCUGGCAAUGAGGUGAACUUUGAUCCAUCAGGUACAAUCUUUUUUAUUCAACAUUUGUCACCAAGCUAA